UCUGACGGGCAAAUUACAGUUUUAUCGACACGGGACUUUACGAGUGUUCGUCUCGCUGAACAUUGCACAUUGCGAUGCGUGAGUUUGAUAGGAAUCGUUGACCCCACGAGAAGUUGACCGAGUUACACGCGUGGAUCGUGGAAAAACGGCCGAUUGAUACGUGCGCGAAUCAUUUUCGCAGUAUUUUCUUGCUACAUCGAGUUUAGAUGAAUAGAAACGUGAUCAAAUGAAUGUUGUGAAACGAAGGUGAAGGAAGAAGAAAACGGACCGACGAAGUCAGCCAGAGGGUGAUAAAGAAGGGAAAGAAGAAGACGGUGGAAGAAGGGUAACACAAGUGAAACGUUGAACAAAAGGGGAAAAGAGCAUCGCGAGGGACGAGCAAACUGGCAGACUCCGAGUGAGGGACGGACAGCGAAAGAAACAGAGACACGAGAAAAUUGUUGAACUCGGGGAACAGACGACGGAGGGAGAAAAAGAUAUAUUCGAGAAACAGGAGCGAAGAUCGGGAGAGAGAAAAAAGAAAAAAAAAGAGACGGUUCUUGAUGUCUAUCGCGGUUGGAGAGGCCUGGCCGUCGAUCUGCCGUCCGCGAAUCUAGCGCCCGUUGGAAAUCGUGCCUAGCCUCGCGCGUGUGUGUGUGUUGUGUGUGUGUGUCGUUACGUGCACGUAAAGCGAACGCAGCCAGCGAGGCGCGCGGACGGACGGAGAAAAGGAGGAAGAGGUGGCGGAGGAGGAAGAGGAGGAAGAGAAGGAGUGGGGGUAGAACAGGCGGGUGGAGAGAAAAGUUGGAGAGGUGGCAGCAGCGCCAACCAGCAACAUCAACAACAACAACGCAUCGUCGCGGUAUUACGGGGGCUGCCGGUGUGUGCGUUUCUGAACGUUUAUCGCGUUGUGUGUCGCGGCGCGGUGCAAGUGCCCGGGGGAUUGCAGGGGAAGAGGUAGUGAACCGAAGCCGCCAGAAUUACGCCAAACCGGGGAAAUAUGAGCAUUGCUGCCCUACUACAGGCCGCCGAGUAUAUUGAACGAAGGGAAAGAGAAGCUGAACAUGGCUACGCUUCGACGAUGCCGAUACCCGAUGAUAUGCGGACGGUCACAAAAAGGCCAAAGACGAAAAAAUCCCAGGGCAGCAGGACUACUCAUAACGAGCUAGAGAAAAAUAGGAGAGCGCACCUCAGAAAUUGCCUUGAAAAGCUGAAGGUAUUGGUUCCGUUAGGACCCGAAACCUCGAGACACACCACGCUGGGGCUCUUGACUAAGGCGAAGCGUUUUAUCAAGAACCUGGAGGAGCGCGAACGCAAGCACGCCGUGCACAAGGAACAGCUGUCCCGCGAGCAAAGGUUCCUCAGGCGACGGCUGGAGCAGCUGACGAGCCAGACGGGUCUGAAUGGGCUCCACGGGUUGCACGGGUUGAGCUCGAGCGCGCCUACCGGCUCCUCCUGCGGCCCAGGGGCAGCCGCAGCCGCAGCCGCCGCCGCCGCCGCGGCGCUCCUCUCCAAGCGGCGCAGCGUCUCCGAGUGCUCGCUCGGAACGGCCUCUUCCACCAGCUCCACGGCCAGCUCCAGGAACUCCGACAGGUCUGCGGGCAGUCCAUCCGUCUCGGAGUCCGAUGAAGUAGACGUGAUCGGUUAUACGAGCAACCAAUCGGACACCGAUGAUCACAGCAGCGUGCAGAGCAGCAGCGAUAGUGGCGUCGCUAUGUCCACCUCCAGGCUGACCCUUUCCGAAAUGAUGGACAAUCUUUAGACAAAGAGAUGGCGCGGUGGCGGCGGAAGAAAGCGGAGGGGGAGCACUUGAGGGCGCGGAUGAAGACGAAGAAGCGGAGGGAACAGAGAGCACGAUGAAGAAACGUAUCGGUCUGUAGGGUGGGCUUGCGGAGGAGACAGGAGACAGGGAACAAGAAAGAAGACGAGGAAGAUGAGGAGGAAGAAAGCAUUGGAGCGUGCGAAGAUCGCCGCACGAAACAUCGGGCCGCGAGCACGCACCCACUCGAACCCCUGUCUGUCCAAAAAGGGUCGCGUGACGCGCCAAUCGGAGGGACACUUCGAGGUGGCGCCAAGCACAGUGUCCCGCGCACGCGAUCUCGCCAACGGGGUGGUCUCUGCGAGAAGAAUCGAAUACGCGGCAACUAACGAAACCGACCAGUGCCGAGGAGACGUACGACAGCGAAAGAAGAAACCACCCUCGCGAUGUAACGGAUGAGAACGCGUCGAGCAAGAACGUGAGGAGGAGGAGGAAGAGGAGGAUGAGGAGGAAGAUGAGUCGUCGCUCGAGGAAGAAGCGCAGGAGAGCAGGCGGAGUAGCGCGAGCUAGGGUGAAUACGGCGUGUAAAUUGUCGAGUGCCGACGAGUAUUGUACAUAUUUUUAAAGGGAGACCAAAUUUAUUGGAAGCCUGGGGCACGGAGGAAACGAGUAAAUAAGAUAGAUCGGCGAACGGUAGAUUUUAAAGUGGGAGACUCCGAGCGCUUCUUCCUCGACCGAGACGAGAGAUGAAACGAUCACUGAUGAUACGUGUCAUGGAUCGAUCGGAGACAGGUCGUCGUCGGUACGCGCCCCCUGUCCCCGACCAAUCGACGACGAGACCCGUGGAGGAAUAGCCCCAAUGAUGGUUCGGUGGCGUCGAGUCGCGAGCUUCCACGACGCUUUCCAUGUCGCUCCUCCGAGAAGCAAUCUCCGAACGCGAUAGUCCCCCCUUUCAACAUCGAAUUUUCGGCCCCCGAAUUCGAGCAGUCGUCCCCCUCUCCCUAAAACGUUUUACGUCCGGCGAUUCGUCGGCUAUAUUGGCCUCAUCUCGAGAUGAAAAACGCCCACCUUGCUAUAGAGCGAGUGGGCGGUCCCGAUUUGGUUACUUGAAAGCGGUGACUACCACGAGAGGGAACGGAAGCUCGCCGCUCUCGUCUAUCCUUUUGAUUUGCAUGAACGUCGUCGCCGCCGUAUACAUAUAUACACAUUCUCAUGUUUUCGUCGCUUUUCUUUUCGUUGAGGAGCCACCACGUCUCGUUUUCGUUGAAACGUCGCGGGCAACGCGACGUCUGCUUUGUCCCCCUGAUACGGAAACAUCGUUCCGAGCCUCGGAGGAAUUCGAUCCGAUGACGGAAAAGGAAGCACAAUCGUCGAUGACAAACUAGAGCACGGUUUCACGCUUUUCGGUUCCGCGAUUUGGUUCUCGAUUCGAGACACGUUAUUAUUUUUCGACGUUGGCGAGCGGUGCUGGCGUAAACUGCGUCAGCGCUGUCGUCGCGUUCGUUGCUCGCGGUCGCGGGUACGAUAUACAAACAAAAAAAAAUUGAAAAAAAAAAAAAACGUAAAAUCUUUAGUAGAGAAAAAGAAAAAGGAAUUGCGUAUAGACGCGACGUCGAGUAGGCGGUCCUCGUUCUGUGGAAGACUUGACUCCGCCCUUUCGACGACUGCGACUAAACGAAAUCUGUAAAUUCUUGUCGCCUAUCGACCUCGCGCGCGUAAUUUGGCUCCCUUUCGACACUGUGAAGUCAAAGGGUAUGUAGAAAAGUCUUUUGGGGCGGUGCCGCCGCCGCGGUGGGCGGAGACACGGCCGUAAGGAGUGGAGUCAAAGGCGUGCGUAUCUCGCGCCACGCCUCCUCAGGACGAAAACCUCGCGGUCCCGUCUAUACCCAAGUCUGCACCCGCGAAAAGAUGGGAAACCAGUCGAUCCGUACAAACGUCUACCGCGCGUAUCGGAUUGGCGUAAUCGAGGGACGAGGGGGAAAAGCCCGAAGGGAGAGAACAAAGGCGGUUAAUUGCGAACAAGCUCGACGUCGACGGAUUUCUUCGGGAGCCCUGCGGUUUUAAUUAACCGAGCUCAGAAAAAAAAAGUAGAACUUUCAACGCGUGAAGUACACACACACACACACACACACACACACACACACACACACA